AUGAAGUUGAAGAGCUUCAGUAAAGAGAACAGAUGGAAAAUAAACUGGAAGGGGAUUUUAAACAUUUCGCUCAAACUUUGGCCUCGUCGUUUGCUCGGCGGUCCUUCGGUUGAAUCUGAUGUCUUUUUAAAGGGAUGUUUUGUCAUUUCUGCUGGCAGAGCACACAGAGAGGACGAGAUGUUCAGGCCACAUGCGAGUGUGAAAGCAAUAGGGCGGCUCGGUCACAUCAAGAUGAAGCCAGACUUCACUACUUGGACCAAACUGGCAGGUUUGCAGCGGCUUACAGGGAAAGUUUGGUGGAAGAGCAACACCAGACCCGCUCCUGUUUUGACGGCCGCUCCUGUUCGCGCCCUCGUUGACGAGCAGAUCAGCAUCAGAGGUCACUUCCUGCCCCCGCGCUGUCCCGUCACGGUGCAUGCAAGAAUGCACAGCAAGGAGGGAGAUCUGUGGGAGUCAUUCGCUCAUUAUAACGCAAAUGAGAGUGGAACUUUUAGCUUAACUCGUGAUCCUUCAGUGGGAGGCUCCUAUUUGGGCUGCGAGCCAAUGGGACUCUUCUGGAGUGUGCAGUCAGCUCCUGGAGGAAGAGAGGGUUUAAGACUGAGGAAGAAGAAUGUGGAGAGUCCUUACUUGGUGCAUGUUUCUCUGCUGGAAGGCCACGUCUCAGCCGGCGAAGGGCAGCGCUCUGAACUGGCAGCGGUGACUGCUGAACGGUGGUACAUCGCACCAGGAGUGAAGAGGAUAGAGAUUAAUCAAAACGGACUCAUAGGAACAUUGUUCAUACCACCUGGUCCAGGCCCGUUUCCAGCCAUGUUGGAUCUGUGGGGAAUGGGUGGAGGACUGCAGGAAUACCGCUCCUCUCUCCUUGCAUCCAGAGGCUACGCUAGUUUUACUCUUGCCUACUUUGGGCACAAAGAUCUGCCUGGCCCACCAGAUCGUAUCAACGUCGGAGAAUCAUAUUUUAAGGAUGCCUUCCUCCUGCUUCAGGGUCACCCUCAGGUCGUCCCAGACAGAGUCGGCAUCAUUGGCCUCUCUUUCGGAUGCUAUCUGACUCUUCACAUCGCCACCAACACUGGAGUUAAACCAUCUUGUUUGGUUUGUAUCAACGGCCCUAUGGCUUGCACGGUGCCACUCUUCACUUCAGAUGGCAGAACAGAAGGAUUUGACAGCUCCCAGAAAUUUUGGAAUUUUGAUGAUGAGGGCUGCGUCGUUUCAGACGUCUCUCUGCCUGCUAAUAUUCCUCCUGAGAGGUUUGCUAAGGUGGAGAAGCUCGAUUGUCCUCUGAUGUUCAUAGUGGGUGAAGACGACCUGAGUUCUGCAAGCAUUGAGAACGCAGAUCUGAUUGAGGAGAGGUUAAGGUCUGCCGGUAAAUCCCACCUGUUCACCCGCUUGUCCUACCCCGGCGCUGGUCACCUGAUUGAGCCGCCCUAUUCCCCGAGUGUAAGAGCGUCCAUGUGGUCCGUCAAACCCAAGAAGUUGAUCACGAUGUGGGGGGGGCACCCUGCACCGCACGCUGCCGCCCAGGAAGAUGCAUGGAAGAAAAUAUUGGAUUAUUUGGAGAAAAAUCCGAGAAGUUGAAUAUCUGGAGAGAUGCUGGAUUUGAGAAGGUUUCAUAUGAAGAAACGUAAAUUGGAGCUGGAGUUCAAUUUGCUCAAAAAUGGACAAGU